ACAGUUUUUUUUUCUGUUCAUAAAAAAACACCAUUACCCAGAAACCCUUACGAUGACGUCGUAAACCACCGACAUCAAGAUGGGGCUUGAAAGUACUAUGGUCUGUGUGGACAAUAGUGAGUACAUGCGCAAUGGAGACUUUCUGCCCACCAGGCUUCAGGCUCAGCAGGACGCAGUUAAUAUUGUUUGUCACUCCAAGACCCGCACUAACCCUGAAAACAACGUGGGCCUCAUCACCAUGGCGAAUAACUGUGAGGUGCUGACCACACUGACACCAGACACAGGCAGGAUACUGUCCAAGCUGCAUGCUGUGCAGCCUCGUGGAAACAUCAGCUUCUGCACCGGCAUCAGGGUGGCACAUUUGGCGCUGAAGCACAGGCAGGGCAAAAACCACAAAAUGCGCAUCAUAGCAUUUGUUGGCAGCCCAGUGGAGGACAAUGAAAAAGAAAUGGUCAAAAUGGCAAAGCGUCUAAAGAAGGAAAAGGUCAAUGUGGAUGUCAUAAACUUUGGAGAGGAGGAGAUGAACACAGAGAAGCUGACAGCCUUCAUCAACACACUGAAUGGCAAAGAGGGAGCAGGCUCCCACCUGGUCACAGUCCCUCCAGGCCCCAGUCUGGCUGAUGCCCUGCUGUCCUCACCUGUCCUGGCUGGAGAGGGAGGUGCAGUGUUGGGCCUGGGUGCUGGUGACUUUGAGUUUGGAGUGGAUCCCAGCGCUGACCCAGAGUUGGCCUUGGCUCUAAGGGUGUCUAUGGAGGAGCAGAGACAGCGACAGGAGGAUGAAGCGCGUAGAGCCACUGUCGCAUCAGCUACUGAAGCUGGCAUUUCCUCUGCAGUUGCAGAUGAGUCUGAGGAUGCCUUGUUGAAGAUGUCUGUUCCCCAUACGGACUCAUCCACACCUGCUCUACCAGACUUCAGUCGCAUGACAGAGGAUGAACAGAUUGUCUAUGCUCUGCAGAUGUCCAUGCAGGGAGAUGGAGCAGAGUUUGGUGCUGAAGACAUGGACACAGGAACUGACAUGGACUCCAGUAAGGCCAAAGACGACGAGGACUAUGAUGUUAUGCAGGAUCCGGAGUUCCUUCAGAGCGUCCUGGAAAACCUUCCUGGAGUCGACCCCAAUAACGAGGCCAUCCGUAACGCUAUGGGGUCUCUAGCUUCCCAGACGGGCUCUAAACCCGACGCCAACAAGGAUGAGGAGAAAAAGAAAUGAACGCCCAAAGAGAGAAACUUAAUAUAUGAUAAAUAAAAAAAGACCUGACAAUUGCACCGCA